GGGCAAGAGGUGAGGCGUCCCUGGGGCGACGAUCGCGCCUGCCCGCCUGCCCGCAGCAUCUCGUACCACAGAACCGCCAGAAAUCGCUCAUGAAACCGAUGAAACACCUUUCUCGCCCAUGGCGUCACUUGUCGCCGUGGGGAAGACGCUUCUCCCACGUGGCCGCGCCCAAUCGCCCUCCCGAUGCCGCUUCCCCGAGUGGAGCGCCUCGGGUACCUGCGGCGACAGCUGUCGUGGCCGAACAAGUGUUCGCUCGCCCCGAACGCGCGUUUUCACCUGACGCCGUGCUGCUGGGCAUCGAAUGGGACAUGAUCCGCGGGACAAGUCACGCGCAAACCCGACACAUGUUGCCCCGGGCCAUGACUUCACGGUCACGCGCUGGAUCUCGGCGCGGGAGGGCUAAUGAAGCGUGGCACCCCCAUUAAGGCCGUGCCCAACUCUCUCUUUCCUGCCUGGCCACAAAGUCCAGACCCGGCCAAGAGCGCCCGCUCCACUACCCGCAUUCCCAGCGCCCGGGUCCCUGGCUAUAGGGCCUCUUGCCUAUGAUCGAUACAAGUCGGGGCCAGCCUAUACAUCGAUUCCAUCGGAUCCACCCCGACAACCCCUGCCUCC